AUGAAUAUAUAAUUAUAUAACAAAUAUUUAAUGAGACAUUUCAUCAAAUAGUUUUCAGAAUAAUCCAUAGUUCCUUCAUUAUCAAAUUUUAUAAGAAUACCUAAUUUGAGUCCAUAGUUUGAUAAUUAAUGGUAAUAAAAUAAAUUACUUGAAGAAGCUUGUAAUCAUAUUAUUAAAUGGAUUGAAAAUGAAACUAUUGAAAUACAAAAAGAAAUCUAAAUAUUGUAAAUACCAAAUUCUCCAAAUUGUAUUUCUAUUAAAAUAUUUGGAAAUUAAAAACAAAAUAAAACAAUUUUAUGUUAUGGACAUUAUGAUAAAUAACCUCAUUUUUUUGGUUGGAAAUACGGUCCAACUACUCCAAUCAUUGAGAACAAUAGACUUNUUAUAUAGAUUAUUUUCUUAAACUUCUUAACAUGA